UUAGGGUUUUUGGUAGAAUCCUUUUUUUUCCUUUUCUAUUCCAACGGUGGAAAAAGAGUAGGGAAGGGAUCUUUCCUCCCUCUCCUCCGAGUCCUCUCAUUCGAUUUAUUUGUCUCUCCGGGUAGCGUUCGUUUCCCUGUUUUGUUACUGGGAGGACUCUUGGCUCUGUACUAUUCGCCUCGCAGAGAAGAAAGGGGAGAGAUCAACCCUCGCUUAUCGCUUCUCGCUUCGCUCCGCCGCUGGUAGACAAACCAUGAUGAAGUCUGCCAGGGGUAAGGGGACAUCCAAAGCUACCAAGGAAGCUGUGCCUGUAGAUGACAGGAAAGCCAGCAAGAGGAAGGCUGCGCCUGUUUCUGUAGCGGACAAAGGUGACAAGCAGAGAGCUAGGAAGGAUAAGAAGGCCAAGAAAGACCCAAAUAAGCCGAAGAGGCCCCCCACUGCUUUCUUUGUCUUCCUUGAGGAGUUCAGGAAAACAUUCAAGAAGGAGAAUCCCAAUGCCAAUGCUGUAUCUGCGGUUGGGAAGGCCGGUGGACAGAAGUGGAGGGAGAUGUCUGCUGCUGAAAAGGCUCCAUAUGAAGCCAAAGCUGGGAAGAAGAAGGAUGAGUAUGGAAAACUCAUGGAUGCUUACAACAACAAGAAGCAGGAGAGUGAUGCUGUUCAUGGAGAUGACUCGGACAGGUCGAAGUCCGAGGUCAAUGAUGAUGAUGAUGAGGAGGAUGCUCCUGCUACAAAGGAAGCACCUCAUGAGGAAGAGCAAGAAGUAGAAGAGCAAGAAGAAGAAGAGGAGGAUGAGGAGGAGGAAGAUGCGGAUGAGGAUGAUGAAGACUGAAUCUAUAAUUACAGGGACUAAAACUUUAUGCUUUUUUUUUUUUUUAAUUUUUGGGAACCAUCGUACUGGCCAGCACAGUUUUUACUCUACUGCUGUAUAUUAAUUAGGGGUUUGGCCUCCAGAGCAUCCCUCUUAUUGAUCCCUUAGCAUGAUGUAUGCAUAUUAGUUUAACGCAGGCGUGAUGGUCUAUGGUCCCCUUAGAAAGAUAAUUCACCCCGCAAAGGUUUUUUCUUCUUCUUUUUCCGAUGAUGCAUGAGUUUGUAUUUAUAUCAGAACAAACCAGUUGGGGUAACAAAGCCUUUGCCACC